CACGGGUCACGUGGGCCGAGUGGCUGCAGGAAAUUAGCGAUCGGGAAAGGAGUGGGGCAUCGGCAGCGCCGGUGGACCCGGGAGCAGCUGCUCUGGCAUCGGUCAGCGCUCCCCGAUCCCCGUCCCCCGCCCCAACAUGACCAGCCGCUGACCAGACAUGGAGCUCUUCCAAGCCAAGGACCAUUACAUCGUGCAGAGCGGCGAGGAGGCGCUCUGGUGCAGCCGAAAGGACGGCUCGCUGCAAGUUCGACCCGCCACUGAUCUGCUGCUGGCCUGGAACCCUAUUUGCCUCGGUCUGGUGGAGGGAGUCAUUGGGAAGAUUCAGCUUCAUACAGAUUUUGCAUGGCGGCUCCUUCUAAUUCGCCAGAAAGCACUGGUUGGAAAGCUUCCAGGAGAGCAUGAAGUAUACAAAAUAACCAAAAUAGCAGUCAUCCCGCUUUCUGAAGCAGAACCUCAGGAUCUGGAAUUGGAGCUCUGCAAGAAGCAUCACUUCGGUAUAAACAAAACGGAGAAGAUUACCCAGUCCCCAGAUGACACCAAGUUUUUGCUGAAGACAUUUAGUCAAAUCAAGUGUAAUGUGGCUGUUCCAAUCAAGAAAAAAGCCAAGGAAAACAAGGAAAAGGAACGUUUGGAGCGAAGGUUGCUGGAAGAGCUCAUCAAGAUGUUCGUGGAUUCUGAUUCAUUCUAUUACAGCCAGAGCUAUGACCUUACAAAUUCGAUACAGAGGCAGAGUGCAUCAGAGAAGAAAGAAGCAUCAUUGUGGCAAAGGGUUGACGAUAGGUUUUUCUGGAAUAAAUACAUGAUGGAUGAUCUGAUCCAGUUAAAUGAUCCCAAAGUGGAUUUCUGGAUUGUUCCAAUAAUCCAAGGGUUUGUGCAGAUUGAAGAACUGGUUGUCAAUUAUAAUGAAUCUUCUGACGAUGAGAAGAGCAGUCCUGAAACUCCAUCUCAGGAGCAGUGUGUGGAUGAUAUCCAUCCAAGAUUUUUAGUGGCGAUCAUUUCAAGGAGGAGUCGGCACAGAGCAGGAAUGCGCUAUAAGCGUCGAGGUGUGGAUGAGAAUGGAAACGUGGCAAAUUAUGUGGAGACAGAGCAGCUGAUCCACGUCCACAGUCACACCCUGUCAUUUGUCCAGGCCCGUGGAUCAGUGCCUGUGUUUUGGAGUCAGAUUGGGUAUCGGUAUAAUCCUCGUCCACGACUUGACAAACCUGAGGAGGAGACUAUCAGCAAGUUUGCAGCACACUUUGAGGAGCAGCUGAAAAUCUACAAGAAGCAGGUUAUUGUCAGCCUGGUAGAUCAGACCGGAAGAGAGAAAAUAAUUGGAGAUGCUUUUCUCCGACACGUUCUGCUUUACAACAAUCCCAACCUCACCUAUGUGACCUUUGAUUUUCAUGAACACUGUCGAGGAAUGAAGUUUGAAAAUGUGCAGACGCUUACAGAUGCCAUCUCUGACAUCAUCACUGACAUGAAAUGGGGCUGGGUUGACCAGGCUGGAGAGAUCUGUAAGCAGGAAGGGAUCUUCAGAGUGAACUGUAUGGAUUGUUUGGAUCGGACGAAUGUGGUUCAAGCUGCAAUUGCUCGAGUGGUCAUGGAACAGCAGCUGAAGAAGCUGGGAGUGAUGCCACCUGAGCAGCCGCUGCCUCAGAAGUGCUAUCGGAUUUAUCAGAUCAUGUGGGCCAACAACGGAGAUGCUAUUAGCAGACAGUAUGCUGGGACAGCUGCGCUAAAGGGUGACUUUACGAGAACUGGAGAACGAAAGCUUGCAGGAAUGAUGAAGGAUGGUUAUAACUCUGCCAAUCGGUAUUACCUCAAUCGCUUCCGUGAUGCCUACAGGCAGGCUGUCAUAGAUCCAAUGCAGGGCAUCCCAGUGACUGAAGAUCUCUACUCCAUCUUCAGCAAAGAGAAAGAGCAUGAAGCCUUGCACAAACGGACUCAGAGGAGCCAGCAGGAACAGAUCAGCUUCCUCUUGCAGAAUUACAUGAAAAUGCUAUUACCUGACAAUGAGAAAUUCCACGGGGGCUGGGCUCUGAUAGAUUGUGAUCCAAGUCUCAUUGAUGCCACCCACAGAGAUGUUGAUGUACUGCUUCUCCUUUCCAAUUGUGCCUACUAUGUUGCAUACUAUGAUGAUGAAGUUGACAAAGUGAAUCAGUAUCAGCGACUCAACUUGGAAGAUUUGGAGAGGAUUGAAAUCGGACCAGAGCCAACUUUAUUUGGGAAACCCAAGUUUAACUGUAUGAGACUCCAUUACAAACACAACGGAAAUAGCGGAUACUUUCAUACAUUGAGAGCUGUGACUCGAAACCCUGAGGAGGAUGGGAAAGACACACUUCAGUGCAUUGCAGAGAUGCUUCAGCUUACCAAACAGGGCUUGGGAAUAGAUGUGCCAAUUCUGGAGAAGAAAUUGGAGAGGAAGCGCAGUAAACCACAUGAAGAUAUCCUUGGAAUCCAAUCCAAGAGUCAGGCUUCGAGCAGUACAAGCCUAACUCAAGGCAAGAACUUUCUCAUCAACAAGUUUUCCUCCCUUAACCAGAAAGUCAAACAAACCAAAUCCAAUGUGACCAUUGGAAAUUUGCGCAAACUUGGCAACUUCUCAAAACCGGACAUGAAGGUUAAUUUCUUAAAACCAAAUCUACGGGUGAAUCUGUGGAAAUCGGACAGCAGCCUGGGAAGCUCUGAUUCCCCUGUACCAACCUCUAAAGAUGAAACCGAUUCUGACAUUGAGAUUUCUUCCGACACAGACUCCUAUGAAUCUGACGGCUUCAUGUCCAAUUCUAAAUCGGAUGAAGAUGGCCAGCUGCCAGACUCUGAAGACGUAGGGCAGUGUGACUAUGUGCUUCCCAGCUGUGGAAUUGUCGCUACGGGACCUCGUUCACGUUUAGGCAGUCGGUCGCAUUCAAUUGGCAGCACAGAUUUUAGUAUACCACAUAAUACGUCAGAAAUCUUCUUAACUCCGACCAAUCCUGAGCACAAAGGUGAAGUUGUGAUCAAGGUCCCGCCUUCGGACAAGGCACCAGUUGGUGAUGAGGACAUUCUUGUUGACUUCAGCACUCCCAUUGAUGCCUAUUGUCACCAGUUUGCAGAAGACGCACAGCAGAAAACUCUGGAAGCUUCUAUGGCAGAUCAAAUUUGCCAGGAGGAGCAACAAGACUCAAGCAUUAGUGGUUUAGAAGCAACAUCUAACACUGAACCAGAUGUGAUGAACGUGCAUCUACCAAGGCCCUCUAAGUUGCCGGUCUCCUCAGCUAGCUCUGAUCUCCUCUCAGUAGAACCACCGUAUCCCGCUGUAUUGAUAGAUGAUAAUCCUGCCUCUCUGCCUAAUCAAUCUGAUGGGGAGGCCGGGUUACAAACGACUCCUUCCCAACCACAAGAUUCCGGCAGCAGGGCUGUUUCGCCAUUUGCUAAGAUCCGAAGCUCGAUGGUGCAAGUGGCGAAUAUGACCCAGGCAGGACUGAUCCAGGGGGUAAACUUUGCUGUGGCAAAAGUCCAGCGAACCCCUGAAAAUGUAACUGAGGGUCAACACCCCCAGCUGAAAGAUAUGUUUUCUCAGUGCCAGACAAGGAUAAUCCAGAUUUAGCCAUGGGUGGUCUCUGAUCUGUGUAAGAUUGACAGAGGGGAAUACUUCUAAGUUAUGAUCCAUGACCAGAGCCCCUUAAAACAGGAGUUCCCAACCUUUUUUAUGCCAUGGACUCCUACCAUUGACCAAAUGGUCCGUUACCAUAAGGUUGGGGACCCCUGCCUUAAAAUAUACCUGCAGUCUUGUAUGGAGUCUUCAGAAAAUAAUGUGGACUUUGAGGUUUUUGGAUCAUCUGGAUCUUUUCGUGAAGCUACUGGAGCGCAAACUACUGAGCAGGCCCUUGUGCAAUAUUGAUGAUGGUGUUAGGUAUUAGGCUGGUUGCAAUACAAAUCCAGUUAAUGACAUCUGGCUCAAACCUGCCUUGUUCCAGAUGGUUUGGUCCAAGUCGUCUGGUGGUGUACACUCCAUAUACUGUACUCAAGCACAUACCAUUCCACACACUUUUGGAGUGCGCAGUGAAGCGUCACAAUCUGUGGGGUAAUGAGUUGCAUUUUGCCCUGACUUGUUUUCACUACCAACUGUGGAAAUUGCCUCCAAUGUGUUCAAAACUGAUUGAAAAGCUCUUUUUUUUAAAAAAGGAAAAAAUCUUAAAUCUAUUUUCAUUUUAUGAAACAACACCCCUGUGCAGUGCAAGUCUAUUUGAAGGGACUUGAAUAUCUCAUGGUUAUUCACGAUUAAAAGUAUUCUAGUAAUUUGAACUACUGUAUAAAAGUAUUUUCCUGUCACCAUAACCAGGGAGACAAGAUCCUGGAAAGUUAAGAUGAAAGUGGUGAAGGGGUUUGAAAGAAAUUUGACUUGAAUCUGAUGUAGCAUUAGUACAAUCCUAUAGACGGUGCCUGUGGUUUCUCCUAACUGUACUGUAGCUAGACUGUAAACGUAAUACCUAAAGCAGGUUCCUAAUUGUCUUAACUGUGCCCUGAUAUCAGCCUUCAUGUUGCAGAGGAUUUCUAGGUGAAAACUGUCCAUUCCUGUAAUAAAACACUUGGUAUUGUAAUUUAAAUGUUUUAAUGUGCUUAUUUAUUCAUGUUUUGUCACAGUGUGGUUUCUUUGGUGUUUAAAAUAAUGCACAUGCUACAAAAUAGAUUUGCUCCGGUGUAUUUUGACAGGAGGGAUGAACAUUAUUUUAAUUAAAAAAGGUUGAAGCAAA